UCUCGUACUGUACGUGUAUUCCACAAGGAUGUCGGUUGCCACCACACAACGCCUGGUGCCAAUUCGGCCAUCGCCACACAAGGGCGUGACAGUGUCUAAGAACGUCACAGUGAUCACAACUUCGGCUUCUCCCGCCACUUUAACGCCGCCCAAGACGGGACUCAAAAGGAAAUUGGCAGAUCCAAGUCCCGACCCUGUGAAGUGUAAGCGACGCAUCAACUUUAGUGGCGUCGGGUAUGUAGUGUCGCCAGUGCCCGUGACAGUGGCCCGCCGAAAUGCCCGUGAGAGGAACCGUGUCAAGCAAGUGAACAACGGCUUUGCAACGCUGCGCCAACACAUACCCGGAGCCGCCAAAGCCAAGAAGAUUAGCAAAGUAGAAACCUUGAAACAGGCAGUGGAGUAUAUAAGAUCCUUACAGGACUUGUUGGACACGCACGAUGCCCUGAUGCACCGCACCAACACGCUCGUCGCCUCCAGCCAGCCCUCGCCCGCGCCCAAGGAGCCAUCACACCCUUACACCAACGCCGUGGCGCCCACGACUGUCUUGUCCCAGCAACAGUACCGUGUUUUACAGUACCCAAACUACUAUUACAGUGAAAACGUGUCACCAGUGCCUGCGUCAGUGUACCCCAUGAACGUAUCUGCAGUGUCUCCCACGUGCAGUGACGCAGCGGUGUCCCCAACGCCUUCGUACGAUUCUGCGUACUCGUCACAGUCCUCUCACGAGACGCCGGUCACGGUCACCACCACCAGCCUAAGCAACAUGUUCAACCCAGCCAACACCACGACCCUGCCGGACGCCUACGACCCCCUCGACGCCUACGAGUCAGCCACGUCGCCCGAGGACGAGGAGCUACUAGACGCCAUCGCCCUGUGGCAGCAGUGUCAAUAGCAGGUCCUACAAGGGAAAGAAUCUAGUCAUGCUUGUCUAUCAUCAUGUACUGCUGGUCAACUUCUCCAGUCCAUCUUCUACCAAGUCCAGGAGACCUUCUGAGGACACAGUCUCCAAACUUUAAAGUCUUUAAGUCCUCAUAACUUUGGAGCUUUAUAUCUUAAACUUUCAAGAACAAGGCGUGUAUUUUACUAUAGCUUCUCAAGUUCUACUGACUCGCUUCGUGAAUGUCGCCCACCAAGAAGAUUCUAAGAAUCCAAGGAAAGCCGAUCUCCCUGCCUCGUCCGCCGACCGAGUCUUCCUGGCGCACGAACAGGCUGUGCGGAGGGUCCAGCGCCAGGAGUACAGCCGACCACCGCCCUUUCCGAAGAGCCUGCCGUGUUCGAGUCCGAGGACGCUGCCGUCUCGCAAGAAGAGGAAGGCAGAAAGGGGCUGCCCACUUUCUAAUGCUAAUAAUAAUCGAUAUCGUGCAGUUCCACAACGGACUUAACCCCAGGAAUAAGGAAGGCUAUAGCGAAGAAAGAGGCGGUAAAUGGAGAAGAGUUAGAAGAGCAACGUGAUACAAAGAAAAAUCCGGUCGACCAACCAUAAAGCAAGUGAACAAAAGAAAAAAAAGGUAUAACAGCCAACAACGGACAGGCACUGGGGGACCGCUGUAGCUACAAGUCUCCCGUUGUCUCAUUGGUGUCUUGAAGUUGUAGAUUCACAAGUCUCCUAUUAGUAUUGUAAAUCCCUAGCAGACUCACUUCAAAAGAAGCAUGACAAGAUAAAAAGAUGGGAAGAUACAGUUCAUAUAUAUUUUUUUCUCUUUGGUGGGGAAGGAAUUAUCUGCAUUACUGUACUUUUUUUCUAUAUUUUUUUUUUGGUUUUGUGAAUGUCUAGUCAAAAGUGCAGCAGAGCCUAAAUAAGACAUUUUAUACUUUCGCCAAAGUUUGCCCUGUGUUUGGCUGGCGUCGCCGCAUCUAGACCCCAGAGAAGUUUCGCUUGUACUUCAAAACAAAUUGCGCGCGCGUGUGUGUGUGUGUGUGUGUGUGUGUGUGUGUGUGUGUGUGUGUGUGUGUGUGUGUGUGUGUGUGUGUGUGUGUGUGUGCAUGUGCGUGUGUGUGCGUGUGCGUGUGCGUGUGCGUGCGUGUGCGUGUGUGCGUGUCCGCGUGCGUGCGCGCUUGUGAUUACUCAUAUUUUCAUAUAUAUGUAUAGAACAAUAACACGUGCUCAUUAGAUGGUCACAAAGGCAUAGCUUAUAUGUGCAUUUCAUAUGGACUGUGCAUAUAUCAUUGUAUCAUUACACUAUUUGGAAUGCCAGUUCUACACUCCUGUCUCGUCAUUAUAAAGACGUCAAAGCUUACUUCACGAAACUCGACUCUGGUGUCAAGAUGGCUUUCGCCAAGAUAAUAAUCUCGUAAAACUCAAAUGCUCAGCGAGUUGUUUACGAUUAUUUUGCUAUGUUUUGUGUUCUACAUGUAAAACCAAAAUGCUAACAGUAUCUUAACUAUAAAGACAUAUUUUAACCCUUUGAUUCCUUCAUGGUGAUUCUCAAGUAUAUUAUAUGAUUCAGUAUAGUUACUAAAACCAAUAUAUUACGAGCUUCCUAACUAAUGCAGCUUAAAGCACGCCCGCUGCAAAGUGCGUGGCGUGCAGUCCACUUAAUGCUGCAUUUAGCUUAACUGCGUCUCUAGUGCCUUACGAAAGCAGUGAUCUUUGAUGCUUCCAAACGUUAUACUUGUGCCUUUCUAUGAUGGCUAUAUUUGUUAACUAACACUUUAAUAUGAUCUUAAUAUUCUAUAUACUGUAUAUGAUCUCUGUAAUGUAAACUAGUUGUUAUGGACAGUUUGAUUGAUAAUAUGAUCUCCUUUAUACUAUAUUCUUGCUCAAAUGCUUGUAAUGUAUAAGAAAGCAACAUCCGAUGAAAGACUUGAUCAGUAUUCUAUUAAUGUUAAGAAUAUAAUAAAUCUAUGAAAAUAAUAUAAUAUUACUACCUUGGCAUGCAACAUGCAACUUGCAUAGUGUUUUCCCCAUCGAUUACCAUUACUUGGCUGAUAGUAUUAACUGAACAUGUGGGCAUUUCCACACACAAGACACAUUCCAGUACAAGUCAGGCAUUGACGAUGUUUACUCCAUCUUUUCGUUAUACAUUCCAUUAAACACUCCAGUUACCCUUCAGAUAGGGACUCCUUGUGAACGAUUUUCCGUCGUAUGCUCAUUCCACUGUAUGCAUUCCGUAUAUGCUAGAGAAAGAAAAUAUUAUCCAGUGGUACAUAAUGUAUAGUAUUAUGUUUUUGUCUGUUUCGUAUGAUCACUGUUGUAUUAUUUUCUUUUAAUGUUGGUUGUAAUGAUUAUACCUGUCAAUGGUUGUCAUUCUUGGUGUAUAGUCUGAUGUUGCUUGGUAAUCCAACAGGCAACGGUGUAUAUAAUGUACAGAUUUUUUAUAUGUAUGCAUAAGCUUUUGUUAUAAUAAAGGCAAGGCUUUAUAA